CAGCCAGUGAGACGCUACACACAGACCUCUGCCUCACAUCAGCCUCUUCUACUCCACUCGCUUUACGGAGAGGUUGACUCAUAAACUUCCACGCAGCAGCAGCAGCAGUAGAAGGAAGAGGAGGAGGAUACAAGGACAACUCCGCCGCGCCUUGUUUCCGGACUCGCCCUUUUCUCUUACGCACUACUAUCGCGAUAGAUUGUUACCAUAGUUACAAUUAACAGCUACCGGAUAACUGAGGAUCCAAACUUGUUUGACACUUCCAGUGUCCGCCCACUGUCCACAGACAGACGCACCUCUGUUCACCUGCGUCCGUUCACACGCGCCAGGCUCCAUCAUCCCUCCACGUGUAGCGCGCUCCACUGAAAACAGACGCUGCUCGUUCAACUAUAAAAACACGCGGUUUGUUUCUCGGGGGUUUCCUGUAUUAUUCUCUCCUACAAUUAUGCAGGGUGAUCAAUAUAAACGCACGGUUAUCAGCCCCUUUCCCACACCGCGGUGUCUGGCUGCAGCGGCUCCUGCGGGGAAAGCGAAGCUGACUCACCCGGGGAAGGCGAUCCUGGCAGGUGGAAUUGCAGGUGGUAUAGAGAUCUGCAUCACAUUCCCCACAGAGUAUGUCAAGACACAGUUACAGCUGGAUGAGAAGGCAAAUCCACCUAAAUACAGAGGAAUAGGUGACUGUGUGAAGCAAACAGUGCAGGGUCACGGCGUUAAAGGACUGUACAGAGGACUCAGCUCACUGCUCUAUGGCUCCAUACCCAAGUCUGCAGUCAGGUUUGGGGUGUUUGAGUUCCUUAGUAACCGGGCAAGGGAUGAGUCCGGGCGACUGGACAGCACCAAAGGCCUGCUGUGUGGGCUUGGUGCUGGCGUGAUGGAGGCUGUUGUGGUUGUCUGUCCCAUGGAAACUGUUAAGGUUAAAUUCAUUCAUGACCAGACCUCGGCAAACCCCAAAUACAGGGGUUUCUACCACGGAGUCAGAGAAAUCAUCAGAGCUCAAGGAUUAAGAGGAACAUACCAGGGUCUCACUGCUACGGUCCUCAAACAAGGCUCCAACCAGGCUAUUCGGUUCUAUGUGAUGACAUCUCUCAAGAACUGGUACAAAGGUGAUAACCCCAACAAAGCCAUCAAUCCCCUGCUGACUGGACUCUUCGGAGCCACAGCGGGAGCAGCCAGCGUAUUUGGAAACACCCCACUAGAUGUGAUCAAGACGCGGAUGCAGGGUCUGGAGGCACAUAAAUAUAAAAGCACACUUGACUGUGCUGCGAAGAUCCUGAAAUACGAGGGCCUGGCAGCUUUCUAUAAAGGGACAGUUCCUCGUCUUGGCCGUGUGUGUCUGGAUGUGGCCAUAGUUUUCAUCAUCUAUGAGGAGGUGGUGAAGGUUCUGAAUGCGGUCUGGAAGACCGACUGAGCUGCCUGACUUCCAUAAAGGUUGUCGGCUUCCUGCUUCCCAGGCAUUCGAUACAGAUCCAAGUUUGGCAAACCUCUCCCGUGUCAUACGGUGAGACUAAACUUAGAUCAGUGUCUCCUGGAGGCUAAAAGGCUCUCAGGAGCAGUGGAGAAGAAAGGCAGUCUGAUUGAGGCUCAGUGUGUUAACAUCUGGACAGAUGCAGAGCUUUGAUGCUGAGCAUCGAGACAGCUGAUCAGACUGAGGGUCAACUUCACAGAGUGGGCUUACAAAGUCAAUCCAAUAACAUUGAAAAACAUGUUUCCUAAUUUCUAAAUGUGAAACAAAACCUGAAUAACACAGAGCAUUUCGGCUGCUUUUUCCCCA